AUGUCGGCCCUCGCGGCCUUUCAUCACGCAUCGUCUUCUCUUCGCCGUCCUCGUCUCCUUGCUCGCCCUCCUCGUCUCCUUGCUCGCCAUCCUUGCUCGCCCUCCUUGCUCGUCCGCGUCUUCUUCCGAGAGCCUCAGGCUCAGCAUUGGCACUGGCACCACGCACGCACACGCUGCCACCCACCAUUGCACGGUGACGGCCCACACCCUCGCAUCUCGACCGGACCGGUGUGUGCGCUGGCGCUGCAUCCCAUCGCGUCGCGGCGGCCGCGGCGAGCUCCGGCAGAGGGCCGAGUCGGAUUACCCUCUCGACCGAUCGAUUGUCUGAUUUUGUCGCUCAUCUGGCCACCGACCACGCCGCACCACGCCUCGCCCCCCCCGUCAUUGGCCGAUCCCCCAUCGCCAAGCGUCGAGCACGCAACGGGUCAGGAACGUCGUCCUCGCUCGACGUGCUGCGAAUCUACCGUGACCGUCCGAUCGCUCGCGGCAACGGCUCGCUGCUACGGAGCAGAGCCCGGCAACCAACGACCAGCCCUUGCUUCGCCACCGGCCGGACGAACCUUGUGCGUCCUGCGGCGACCUCCAUCGUCGUCGAAACCCAUCCUACCGAGCACCUGCUGCCUACCUCUUGGAGCACCCGCCGGCCCGUCCGUUCCCUCGUCCUCCCGCGCUUCCUCGCGAGCUCGUCGCCCUCUUCCGUCGCCUGGACUGGGCCCUUCUCUCGCCUCUCCCCACCGUGCUCCUCUCGCCUCCGCCGUCCAGCCGGUGCGUCCCUUGACCGUCGAGUGGCCGCCCCUGUUGCGUCCGGACGUCGUCGUUCUGCCCUGCCCUGCUCGUCCCGGCACCGAUCCGAUCCGGUCACGCAUCGACGCUUCCGUUCCGCUUCGACCCCCCCCCGGCCGUUUCGAAGCGUCGAAUCCUCGAGGACAAUCCCUCCCCUUCAUCCCGUCUCACCUCCUCUCCCUCGUUCCCGUCUCACCGCGUGGCGAACCGAUCCGCUUCGGACGGGCCUCGACGACACCCUCGUUCGACCUCGGCCUCCUGCGCUUUCGUCUCGAGCCUCCUGAUUCGUCGGUCGUGCCACCAUCGCACCACGAGCCGAUCGUCGCGGCCUCGACCUCGAAGCACCCCGACACGUACUAG